AUGUUCCACCGCUCUAGUCGGCCAGUACAAUAGCGAGCCACCUGUUGUCGUCGAAAUUGAUAAAAAAUAAUGUGAUGGACAUUUUGAAAGUGUGAAAAUGGGUAUUAAGGUUCUAGCUUUAAUAUCACUGUUAGUUGUAAGUGCAUAUGGACAAGAUAAUGCAGUUGUUGAAGACGCUAUUAUAAAUAAUGAAGUUGAGGACAAUGUGAGUGACACGACGGUCGUAGUACCAGUUACUGAACCAACGGAAGAUUUAAUCGAAGAAACGGCUCCAGUUGAAAUUUUAAGUGCUGCAGAUGAGCUGCAAGUUAGAAGUGGGAAAUAUCAGACGCUGAAUGAUGGGCUCGAAGCAGAAGAGCCCAUACCAGGAGAUUCUGUUGAUGUGAACAUCAAUAAUGAUAUAUUAUUGAGUGAAAGGCAGUUGCUCCCACCUGCUUCAACUAUUAACACGAACAACGAGUAUGAUCACAUUGACGGUCGCGUUCGACCAGACACAAGCUACCAGAACAAUGGUCAGCCCUACGUCAUCACUCCAGCGAGACUGGCUCAAAUCAGAGGAAACUUCAUGUACUGGUUCUACGAUCAAGGCGGAAGUGAUAACCUUGGUGACUACCAGAGAGACAUUCACACCUCCACUCCUCAGAUCCACAAGAACUUCAACUUCCAGUUGCCGUUCUUCGGAUUUAGGUUCAAUUAUACUAGGCUCUCCAUGAACGGUUACAUCUACUUCAGCGACCCCCCGGACCACUACACCUACCCUCUCUCUUUCCCCGUCAAAGACUGGCCUGAUGUCAACGAUCCUUCUUUUAUUGGUAUCUUCUUCAGCAAGUGUCGUAUCGGUAGUCAAAGGCAGGAAGACCCAGAUCAAAGGAGGCCCGGAGUUUACUUCAGAAUGGACAGAGAUUUGCAGACCCGUACAGACCAAUUGGGUGUAGAGAUGAGAGAGCGUAUCACGUGGGACAUCCGCGAGGGAGUCAUCGGCUCUGAGACCUUCUUCCCCAAACACGCCGUCACUAUCACUUGGAAGAACAUGUCCUUUGCUGGAGGAAUCGAUAACUCGUUAUUUAUGACGAACACAUUCCAAAUGGUCUUAGCAACAGACGAAGUGUUCACUUACGCGAUAUUCAACUACUUGGAGAUCAACUGGAGCUCGCAUACUGAGGCUGGUGGUGAUACCACGACAGGGGAAGGUGGUGUUCCUGCUUACAUUGGUUUUAACGCUGGUAACGGUACUCAAAGCUACGAAUACAAGCCGUACUCGCAAGCUUCAGUCCUCAGAGAUUUGACAGGCAGAGGGUGGGCUAACGGAUUCCCUGGACGACACAUAUUCAGAAUAGACGAGAAAAUACUCAUGGGAACUUGUAACAAGGAUAUAGAUGGAGCAAAUCUUCCCCUAAUGUUUGCCCCUGAAAGUGGAAACAUGUUGGGAGGUACCAUUGUCAACAUUACUGGCCCUUGUUUCAACCCGAACGAUAGGAUCACUUGUCGCUUCGACACCGAGUCCGUCGUCGGCGCUGUGGUUGACGUCAACCGCGCCAUCUGCGUCCAGCCCAGGUUUUGGCACAACGGCUACGCAAGAUUCGAAAUCGCCAUCAACAACGAACCUUACAAAUGGAAAGGAAAAUACUUCGUCGAAACUCCUGCUACUGCGACCGAAAAGAUCUUCUUCACUGACAAUGCGAUUCAUGAGAGGUAUCCUCCUGAGAUCAGGAUGACUUGGGACCGGUUCAACUUGACCACAAACUUGAACGUCCAACUUCAGAUCAGUUUAUGGGGAUACAAGGAGAUUACGAUCAGACCACAAUUGGAGUUCAUAGAUAUGAUUGAAGUGGGCGUCGCUAAUACAGGGGAAUAUGUUAUCAAUCCUCAGAACUUUAGGAACAGGGACAACUUCUUGCACAACGACAUGCAAUUCGGUUUUCUGCAAAUUAAUUUGACCACGCCCGAAGUUUUCAAGGGCGUUUCGAUUUCACCUGUUCUAUGGAGUCGUCCAAUCCCACUCGGUUGGUACUUCGCCCCACAAUGGGAAAGGCUCCAUGGCCAACGUUGGCCCAACGCUCUUUGCAACAACUGGCUUCGAACCGAUCGUUUCCUGAAGAACUUUGCCUCUCAAGUGUGGGUCUGUCCCUGUACGUUGGAACAUGCCUUGUUGGAUAAGGGAAGGUUCAUGCCGGAUGUGGCUUGUGACAAGGAUACCAACCCCACUUGUAGAUACCACUGGGGCAGUGUGCACUGUGUGAGGAGCGGAGGACCUAGCCCCGAGGGUUCAGGCCAACAGUGUUGUUACGAUAAGAACGGGUUCCUCAUGUUGUCCUACGAUCAGAUGUGGGGAUCGCGACCUUUGAGGUCACAUGACUUCGGGUUCACUCCUUACAACGAGGCUAACAAGGUUCCAUCGUUGUCCCAUUGGUUCCACGACAUGAUUCCUUUCUACCAAUGUUGCAUGUGGCAAGAGGAACAGGCUGUCGGAUGUGAAACUUUCAGAUUUGAACGUCGUCCAUCGCAAGACUGUGUGGCCUACCAGUCUCCUGGCGUUGCUGGUAUAUUCGGUGACCCUCAUAUUGUUACCUUCGAUGACCUGCAGUACACCUUCAACGGAAAAGGUGAAUACGUCCUUGUGAGAGUAGACCACCCACAACUCAAACUAGACGUACAGGGCAGGUUUGAACAAGUCCCACGAAACAUUCAUGGACGAGUCAACGCAACACAUCUGACUUCUGUAGUCGCAGCCUCCAAUAACUCCGUGGCAGUUGAGGUGCGUCUAAGACCACAACACGCUCAAUGGCGAUACAGGCUGGAUGUAUUCGCUGACAACAAACGAGUCUACUUCGACAGGCCUUCACUCAGAGUGCAGUACUUCCCAGGAGUGACAGUAUACCAGCCCAUGUACGUGCUGAACCAGUCAGAGAUCGUGAUCAUGUUCGCGUCAGGAGCCGGAGUCGAGGUGGUGGAGAACAAGGGCUUCAUGUCGGCCAGAGUCUAUCUGCCUUGGAAUUAUAUGAAUCAAACUCGAGGUCUCUUUGGUAAUUGGUCGCUUGAUAUAAAUGACGACUUCACAAGACCGGAUGGAACGAAAGCGACAGUGGAUCUAAACAACUUCCAAACAGCACACCGAGAAUUCGCUCAAUAUUGGCAACUAACGGAUCGGGAACAAAGGGACAUAGGUGUAGCGAUGUUCUAUCGGGAGUAUGGUAGAACGGCAGCCUAUUACAAUGAUAACCAGUUCGUACCCAACUUUAUCCGGGAACCGGCGGACUUCUUGCCGGCGAACCGGUCCCAGGACGUGGCGAGAGCUAUAGAGAUAUGCCAGGACUCAUACCAGUGCCGAUACGAUUAUGGAAUGACGUUGAAUCGAGAUAUGGCAGAGUUCACCAAGAAUUAUUUGGCGUCAAUUACAAACAUAAAGGAGCAAAACGCUCGUCGUGUUAUAAGUUGCGGUAUAUUGGAAACCCCGCGCUUUGGACGAAAGAGUAAUUUCUUCUUUACACCAGGAACAAGGGUGAACUUUGAGUGCAACCAAGACUUUAUUCUGAUCGGUGACAAACGAAGAGUGUGUGAGGACAACGGAAGGUGGAACCUACCGGACUAUGGAUACACGGAGUGCUUACGUAACCAAGAGUUCUCUCAACGCGCACUGUUUCUGACGUGGGGCAUCAUAGUGGCAGUUAUUCUACCGUUAGGCUUGUUGAUUUGCCUGCUGUGGUUCUGGUGCUGGUACAAACCCAAAUCCGAAGGCAAAGAGGGAUUCCGUUUCGAAGAUAUACCGCGAUCGAAAUCAGCUUCUAGGCUUAACCUCAGAUCAGCAUCAAUGGGAAACAUCACUGAUACUAUGAAAUCGUCCACUUUACGUAGCCAAGAUUCGGAUAGGAAAGAAAAGUUGCCAGAAACUCCUACUGAGGAAGCUCCCUUAGCUAGGUCCGGACCUCUUAUUAGGCCCGCUCCACCUGUCCCUCAAGAUGGGGACAGCUCAGGUAUAGGCUACCCCGACUCCGGUAAAAGCGACUCUAACAAAUCAGAUAAGUCCAACCCCAAAAAACGUAGGGCGUACGACAAGACAUAUCGAACUAACGAACCUUUACCCAACGCUCCUAAUGAAGAAUUCCCCGAAAAACUUUGGGACUUAUCUGAGGAAGACUUGCUAUCUAUAACGUCCCCUUCUGAUACUGAAUCUAACCGCGACUCGACUCUAACCCGGCCAGCUAAAGAUAUAGCAUACCUUAGCAAACCUCGUCAGCUCGGUCGCAGAGCUCUUCCUCCCAGUGAUUCUGGUUACUCCACAAAGGAAUCUGAGGAUCCCUACUCACCGAAAUAUGAAGGACAAUACAGUCCUAUUCCCUCCCAGUACUCGCCGACGUACUCCGAAAUAUACUCUCCCCCGAUCAGCCCGACUUCAGACAACAGUCCUAGGAGCACUUACAACAAUCCGGGCUUGCCUGAACCUCCAAAGAGUGCUCCCUCUGAAUCUAUCAAAACAUUUACUUUACCUCCCGCAAAGGGUAAGCAGGAGUACUCUGCCCGCACCCUGGGAGCCACUUGGGGCAUCAUCAGCGCGGUGAUGGUGCCCAUCGUGGUGGUGCUCAUUUGCAUCGGAUGGAGGAUCCUGCAGCGGAGAAAGGCUGAAGAGAAGGAGGAGAACAACUUCUUGACCAUCAAACGCCUGGACCCUGACGAAUCAGUCAAAAUGAAUUCAGACGAUGAAAGCAUACCGUACAAGAAGGAUGUAACAGAAGACAGUCCAGAACCGACCGAGCCAGUGAAGGUACCAGAAGGUGCACCUUACACGUACGGCCAGCCUUACGGUCAGGCCCCGGCUGUGCCUUACAACGAGACUUACGACCCAACCAGACAGGCCAAACCUUACGGCGAGGAAACCGAAAUAAAUUAAGAUUAGUUUGAUGAAUACUAGAUUCAAUAGUUAAGUAAUAGUGUACUUAUUCGCGAUAGGACAGAGUUCAGUUUUAGUCGAAUUGAGAUCAAGUUAGAACUCUGGAACCCGAUAGCUGAUAAUGCUAUCACUGAAUAUUGGUUGGAUAUCAUAAUACCAUUUCAGGACCGAAUCAAAAUCAAACACAGAAUCAAAUCAGUUACGUGAGUCGCCCUGCUAUUUAUUUGACCCAAAGAAUGCAUUAAGUUGGGUUGCAAUAAGAUUUUAUUGACAAACCAGCCCUGCGCUCCUGAAGCAAGAGUUAUAGUUGUUGAACGCGAGAUGUCAGCGAGCACUUUUAGUAUACCGUGUCUUUAUACUAAACGCAAGUUUUUUUUUUGUUUAAAAUUCAAUUGAAUUGUCAACCUUGUUUGAUAAAUCUAGUAACCUGUAAUCUGUUUGGUUAAAGUUACAUAACAGUAAGUAGAUCAUCUUCUAGUAGUUUCGUAAGUUUUAUAUUAUUUGUAUGUAUUACGAACAAUAAAAGCAGGACUUUAUCCGAUA